UCGCCUGUUCUGAGAUUUAAGAAGUGAUCUUGGGUGUAAAAAGUUGGAGACCAUUGUGCUAGAGGAUAAGGGCAAAGUGCAGCACACUAGAAGAAACAGAAAGAGAGCAGAAAAAGGGAGAGGGGAGAACAAUAAAAAGGAGCCGAAAACAGGAAAAGUAAAAGUAGGAAGAAACCAGGGCUGGAGUGAAAGAUCAGGGAAGAGACGUGUGACCCUAACGCAGCACCGAAGGGCUCUGGGGGUCCCAGCAGCUAGCGUUAGGGAGAGCCAUUCAAGAAGUGCCUCGCGGAGACUUCAGAGAGGGCGAGACCGGGCUGUGAUUCGCCGCUCCGAAGGAAGGAGGCUGGCCCAGCGGGACUUCCUUGGGAAACUGGCGAGCUAGGUGCGCGCCGCAGCAGCAGCAGUAGCUGCAAGGACGCUUUGGGCGGCGACGCCGGGGCGGGCAGUGGUGUGGAAAUGGCAGCAGCGCCGUCCGAGUGCGACCGUUUUGCUAGAUAGAAGACCUGGCGUGGAUCACAAACCAUUUCAGACAUUAUGGCAGACCCCAUCCGAUGGGCCAGAUAUCGCUGGCGGCGUCUGGUAUCUGCAGAAGGCAGGGAUGGAAGCAGCAGCAGCAGCAGCAGCUCCUCCUGUGACAAGUGUUAUAAUUCGUCCAAUAUGCCUGGCAGACAUAGGAUCGUUAUACCAUGUCUGGGACACUUUAAAGAAGAGUAUGAGAAGGUGUCAAAAUUAUAUAUGAACAACAGAAUACGUACUACUAAAUACACUUUAUUCAACUUUAUACCACGAAAUUUAUUUGAACAGUUUCACAGAGCUGCCAAUUUAUAUUUCCUAUUUUUAGUUGUCCUGAAUUGGGUUCCACUGGUGGAAGCCUUCCAGAAAGAAAUUACAAUGUUACCUCUAGUAGCUGUUCUCACAAUUAUUGCAGUUAAAGAUGGCCUUGAGGAUUACUCGAAAUACAAACUAGAUAAGCAGAUAAACAACUUAUUAACUAAAGUAUAUAGCAGGAAAGAGAAGAAAUACAUAGAACAGUGCUGGAAAAAUGUUAAUGUCGGGGACUUCAUUCGACUUUCAUGUAAUGAGAUAAUUCCUGCUUAUAUAGUAUUGUUAUACUCUACUGAUCCAGAUGGGAUAUGUCACAUUGAAACAGCCAGCCUUGAUGGAGAGACCAAUCUGAAGCAGAGGCAGGUGGUGAGAGGGUAUAUGGAGCAGAUCUCUGAAAUUGAUCCAGAGAAGUUUUCAAGUAGAAUAGAAUGUGAAAGUCCGAACAAUGACCUCAGUCGAUUCCGGGGCUUUGUGGAACAUUCAAACAAGGAGCGAGUGGGCCUGAGUAGAGAGAAUUUGCUGUUACGAGGAUGCACAAUCAGAAACACAGAAGCCGUUGUGGGCAUUGUGGUGUAUGCAGGUCAUGAAACCAAAGCAAUGCUGAAUAACAACGGUCCUCGUUAUAAACGCAGUAAAUUGGAAAAGAGAGCAAACAUUGAUGUCCUUUGGUGUGUUUUGCUUCUGAUUUUAAUGUGUUUAAUUGGUGCUUUGGGUCAUGGAAUUUGGUUAAGUAGCUAUUCGGAUCUUACACCUUUUAACACCCCUGAGCCAGAUGGAAAAUCUACUCCGCCAGUGUUAGCAGGGUUUUAUAUGUUUUGGACAAUGAUCAUUUUAUUACAGGUCUUGAUCCCGAUUUCUCUCUAUGUUUCAAUCGAAGUUGUCAAAUUGGGACAAAUCUAUUUAAUUCAGAAUGAUAUCGACUUGUACCAUGAGAAAACUGAUUCCACUAUUCAGUGUCGAACGCUGAAUAUUGCUGAAGAUCUAGGGCAGAUCCAGUACAUCUUUUCUGACAAGACCGGAACCCUCACUGAGAACAAAAUGGUUUUCCGUAGAUGCAGCAUUGCAGGACAGGAAUACUGCCAUGAGGAGAACGCCAAGAGGCUGGACUCCUACCAAGAGGCUGAUUCAGAGGAUGAGGAUUUAACAGGCGCUCUGUGUGGCUCAUUGAGUCAUAUGCCAAAGCAGAAGGUGCACAGCUGCAGGACAGUGAGUGGGCCUUUGAACUCCAAGUCUUUGAAUCAGCUGCCUGGUUCUGCUUUAGGAGGGGAAGAUGGAGUCAGUAACGUUUCACACUCAAGACAUAUGGCUUUCAGCAGCCCCAUUGAGACUGAUGUUGUUCCAGAUGCAAAGCUCUUGGAGAAAUUUAGUCAAAUUUCCUAUAAUGUAUAUGCACAAUUAGAAGAAACUGAGAGAGAGUCAUCCUUGGAAUCAGUAUACAUCACUGACUUCUUUCUUGCUCUGGCAAUCUGUAAUACUGUGGUAGUUUCAGCUCCUAACCAACCACGUCAAAAGUUAAGACUAUCUUCACUAGGUAGAACUCCUAUUAAAUCCCUUGAGGAAAUCAAACAGAUGUUUCAGAGGUUGUCAGUCCGAAGGUUGAGCACAUCACCAGUUCCAAGUACAAAAGAGUCCUCGUCAUCGGACAGCCCUAGUACUUUUGUGAGCAAACUGUCUAUUUUCAGAGUGAAGCUGGCUUCACCUGCUAUGGAAGCGGGGACUCACAUGGCUAAUGAAACUCAGGAUACUGAGAUCUCUCAAUGUGCCAAAGUAUCUCUACCUGAACCACUAGAUAGAGUGGACACAGCUGCAGGCAGCGAGCACUGUGAUGCUGGAUCAUCUCUUCAACAAUCUAUGUCUAAGUUGUGUUAUGAGGCUGAGAGCCCGGAUGAAGCUGCACUAGUUCAUGCUGCCAGAGCUUACAAAUGCACUUUACAGUCUAGGACUCCUGAUCAAGUGACUGUGGACCUGGCUGCUUUGGGAUCUGUAACGUUUCAGCUUUUGCACAUUCUGCCUUUUGACUCAGUACGGAAAAGAAUGUCAGUAAUUGUAAGACAUCCACUCUCCAACAAGGUGGUGGUGUACACAAAAGGUGCAGACUCAGUCAUUAUGGAUUUGUUGUGGACUGGACCUGCAGAUGAUAAAUCAGAAAUGGAACAAAAGAAAAUUAAAGCGAGGACUCAGAAACACUUAGAUGAUUAUGCCAGAAGAGGACUGCGCACAUUGUGUAUUGCUAAAAAGGUGAUGAGUGAUGCAGAAUAUACAGAGUGGUUAAAAAGUCAUUUUUUAGCAGAAACCAGUAUUGAUAAUAAGGAAGAGCUGCUGCUUGAAUCUACUAUGAAGCUUGAGAGCAAGUUAACACUCCUUGGUGCCACUGGGAUAGAAGACCGCCUGCAGGAUGGUGUUCCAGACACCAUAGAAGCACUGAGAAAAGCUGGAAUCAAAAUCUGGAUGCUGACAGGGGAUAAACAAGAGACUGCUGUCAAUAUAGCUUAUGCUUGCAGGUUAUUGGAACCAGAUGACAAAAUCUUCACCCUCAAAUCACAGAGUAAAGAUGCCUGUGUGUUGCUGAUGAACACUAUUUUAGAAGACAUUCAAAAAAGUACAUAUGCCAAAAAAAAUCACAGCUCAAAACUCACAAGCGUCUUUCCAGCUCCCUCUACCCAAGCCCCGGAGUUCAGUGCCAGCCUCGUUGUUGAUGGAAAGACUUUAGAAUAUGUCCUGCUUGAGAGCCUGCAGAGUAUCUUCCUGGAGCUCACAGAGAGAUGCCGGGCUGUGGUCUGCUGCAGAGCAACACCCUUGCAGAAAAGUGAAGUGGUCAAACUGGUGCGAAACAGGUUGAAAGUGAUGACAUUAGCCAUAGGUGAUGGUGCCAAUGAUGUCAGUAUGAUCCAAAUGGCUGAUACUGGAGUGGGACUCUCUGGCCAAGAAGGCAUGCAGGCUGUGAUGGCGAGUGACUUUGCUGUUUCCCAAUUCAAGCACCUCAGCAAGCUGCUGCUUGUCCAUGGUCACUGGUGCUACACCAGGCUGGCCAACAUGAUCCUGUAUUUUUUCUACAAGAAUGUGGCCUAUGUAAAUCUCCUCUUCUGGUACCAGUUCUUUUGUGGGUUUUCGGGAACAUCCAUGACUGACUAUUGGGUUUUGAUUUUCUUCAACCUCCUCUUCACUUCGGUGCCGCCCAUCAUUUAUGGCAUUCUGGACAAAGAUAUUUCUGCAGAGAUCCUCAUGCAGCUCCCUGAGCUUUAUGUGACUGGUCAGACAUCUGAGGCAUAUUCACCUCCAACUUUCUGGAUCACCUUGCUGGAUGCUUUUUACCAAAGUCUGGUUUGCUUUUUUGUGCCUUACUUUACAUAUCAUGGCUCUGACAUAGACAUCUUUUCUUUUGGAAACCCAUUAAACACAGCAGCACUCUUCAUAAUAUUACUGCAUCUCCUAAUUGAGAGUAAAACUUUGACUUGGAUACACAUCAUUGUUAUGAUAGGCAGCAUCUUAUUUUACUUUGUCUUUGCACUGACUUUUGGAGCAACCUGCAAAACCUGCAAUCCACCAUCAAAUCCCUACUGGAUCAUGGAAAAACAUGUGACAGACCCGGUGUUUUAUCUAGUUUGCAUCAUUACUACUUGUGUUGCUCUUCUACCCAGGUAUUUGUUCAGAGUUCUUCAAGGGGCAUUGUUUCCAUCUCCCAUGUUGAGAGCCAAGCACCUUGACAGACUGACGCCCAAGGAGCAGAGGGAAGCAAUUAAAAAGUGGAAAGAGGAUCGUAUUGGGAAGUGUAGCAUGGGCUUCCAGGACACUUGUACAUGUUCCAAGUCUGCUGAAGAUGCAUCAGUACGAGAAAGCGCUGACCAUUCUUUAUACAUCCCAGCGGCUAAGACACCCUUUCCUACCUGUCCACCAGGCAGGUCAGUUCAAGAGAGGUCUUUUGUAUCAGACAUACAGGAUGAGUCCAGGGAUGCAAACAGCCAGACUUAUGAGAGAACUGCAUUUUUGAACUCCUUGGAGGAAACCUGUUCAGAAAUAUCAUCCGGCCUUCCGGAGUUUACUUUUGCUAAGGGCCACAGUGAAAUUCCUCUACUAAAUAAGGCAGGUUUGAAAUGUGCUUUGAGUGAACAGGAUGUUUUAACAUACGCUGCAAAGGCAGAAUGUUAACUGUUUUGUUUAAAAAAAAAAAAUCAGUGCAUUACAUUACGUUUAGGACUUUGUUGGUAGUGAUUUUUUGUCAGUCAGUUGAUGUGCAAAAUUAUUCAGAAGCAUUUUGUAUUUUUUAAAUAUUUUAAAUAACUCAAAGUGUCCAGGUCUAAAUGGGCAUGAAGCAUUUUGCAAAUAUCAGCUUUAAGAACUAAGCUUUUCUGGUACAUAACUGCAUAACAUAGAAACUUUGAUAAAAAUGACAGUAAUGUAAUUUAAAGGCUGUCCUGGUGGAAACACUUUUACCAGUUGACCCUGACUGUCAUCCUGACCCCCAUCCAGUGUUACAAUGGUCUCAUCUGUGGCGAUGUUACCAUGACAACUAGUGCUGACAAGGUCCACUGUGCUCUUUAGGAACCACUUUGCAAAACAUUUUUUAUCCUAAUCAUUCUCUUUGUGAUGGCAAUAUUUGUGUGAUAGUUUUACACCCACAUGCCAGCAAGACUUACAGAACACAUUGCCUGUGUUCAAAGUCCAUUUUAGGAAAAAAAAAAAAAAAAAAACCAUUCGAUAUCCUAUCAGCUCUCACUCUUUCAGUGCAACUAAAAGAAAAGGAGCUGGAUAUUCUAAUGUCUGUCUGGAGCUGCUUGGCACAAGCAGGGCUAAGUUGCUUUCUGAAUGUCUGUUGUGGGCGAGGUUAUGUCAAUAAUUCCUAUUUGCUAUGUUUUGUUUUGGUUUUGUUCGUCUCUUAGGCUACAUCUACACUAUAAGUUUUCGCAGCAAAAAAUGUGCGAAUGAGGGGAUUCAUUUGCAUAUUGUCUGCCAAUCCGGUUUUGCGCUGGGGUUUUUGUGCAAAAACAAGCAGGUAAUGUUUUCUUUUUGCGCAAAACCCUACUUUUUCCGCAAGAUCCUUAUGCCCCAAAGAGGAGGUUUACCAGUCUUGUGGAAAAAGAGGUUUUUGUGCAAAAAGAAAGCAUCCACACUGCUUGUUUUUGCACAAAAAUCCCAGCGCAAAAACAGAUCAGCAGAAAAUAUGCAAAUUAUGAUGACUCAUGCAAAUUAGUCCUUCAUUAGCAUAUUUUUUGCUGAGAAAACUUAUAGUGUAGAUAUAGCCUGUGAUUAUGGGGAUAAAUAAGUCCUACCUUUCUACCUACCGAUUGACUAAUCAUCUUCUCAUUAGUGUUGGUUAGGAAAGUUCCUUCUGUUGUAGUGACCCUGGUGAUAGAAACAGAUAAUCGUUAAUGAAGAUGCAGUCUAAGAUAAAUCCCCCUUCCCAAGCACCAUGGCUUGCCAAAACUGUGACUUCCUUGGGUA